AUGAUGGAGAGAGGCCACAAUAGGGACUUGGAUCAGUGCCGCGUGAAAGUCAAGGAGCUCAGACAAGCCUAUCAAAAAACAAAGGAGGCAAACGGUCGCUCCGGGUCAGAGCCACGGACAUGCCGCUUCUACGCCGAGCUGCAUGCAGUUCUAGGGGGGGCCGCCACCACUACCCCACCUCUGACCGUGGAUUCCGAGGCGGGGAUAAUCUCAUCAGUGACACCUGAGGAUUCUGCGGACGGGAAGAGGAGGAGGAGGAGGAGGAGGACAAGCCUGACUGAAGUACCCUUCCAAGCCAGUAUCCAAGACCAUGACCCCAUGGAAGGGACCUCAGCUGCAAAUUUUUCAAGCCUCCCUCCUCCGUCCCGAAGUCUAUCUCAGAUAAGGCGUCGGAAAAAGAAGACACGAGACGAGAUGUUCGCAGAAAUCAUGGAAUCCACCCGCAGUGAAAGAGCUCAUCUGAAUGAGUGGAAGGACACGGUUUCAAAGUAUAGGAAAGAAGCCAGUGAAUGUGAGGAGAGGAGAGACGCUCGAGAUGAGAGGUGGCGGCAGGAAGAUCAGAGGAGGCAGGAUGCAACGCUGGGGCUGUUGCGUGAGCAAACAGACAUGCUCCGGCGUCUGGUGGAGCUUCAGGAACGGCAGCAGGAGCACAGAGUGCCGCUACAGCCCCUGUAUAACCCUCCUCCCCCCCUCACCAUGUUCCAUAGCCUCCUCACCCAGACGUGUAAGAAUGCAGGGGGAGAGGCUCCGUACACCCUCCCAUUCCACCCCAGUGGAAAGCCCAAGCAAAAGACUGUCAUUUUUUUAACCUUUUUUAGUGGCCUUUUCCUUCCCGCCAAUCCUCCUCCCAAACCCCACCAGGGUUCUCUCCCUCUUUUUAUAAUCCAUUAA